GCGGCGGCAGAAGCGGCGGCGGCGGCGGGAGCCGAGGAGGAGGCUCCGGACGCUGCUCGGGAACCGGGGACCUGGGAGUGCCCGCGCCCUGAGCUCUCAGCUCCGGAGGCGGCUUUUCAAAGCAGACCCAGGGCCUGCCUCCUCCUCCCCCAGUGCCUACUGAAGGAGCACCACCUGCCACCAUCCCAACUCCUGCCCUAAAAGUCAUGGCCGAAUACGGGACCCUCCUCCAGGACCUGACUAACAACAUCACCCUUGAAGAUCUGGAACAGCUGAAGUCAGCCUGCAAGGAGGACAUCCCCAGUGAGAAGAGCGAGGAGAUCACCACAGGCAGUGCCUGGUUUAGCUUCCUGGAGAGCCACAACAAGCUGGACAAAGACAACCUCUCCUAUAUUGAACACAUUUUUGAGAUCUCCCGCCGUCCAGACCUACUCACUAUGGUGGUUGACUACAGAACUCGUGUGCUGAAGAUCUCUGAGGAGGAUGAGCUGGACACCAAGCUAACCCGCAUUCCCAGCGCCAAGAAGUACAAAGACAUUAUUCGGCAGCCCUCUGAGGAAGAGAUCAUCAAACUGGCUCCCCCACCGAAGAAGGCCUGAGCAAGGGGGAGGAAGAAGAGGAAGGUUGGACCUUCAUCAGAUCACUCCCUUCCCCAGCCUCCAAGGGAGGGGGCAAGGGCAGCACUCCCAUGCACCCACUUACUAACCUGGUCCUAACUCCCUUACUGUGCGCGUGUGUGUGCGUGUGCGCACGCUCUGGCUGUCUGUCUAUAUGUCUAGCUCAUCUAGUUCCUCCUCCUUGUGAGGGGGUGGGGGUCAGGAUGGGGGGCUUAGUUUCCCCACUCUAAGGGGGAGGUGGGGGCUGUUUCUAUGCAAAUAGAAAUUGGCACAUUCCUACUUCCCUUUCUUCCACUUUUCCUGGCCACAUCUUAAAAAUGUGGAAGCAGAAAGGACCUGCAUUUUCCUACAUUGAGGAGCUGAGAUGGUGAGGUAUGGGAAUGGUGGGUAGAUCUAAGGAAAAGCAGGGAAGGAAAGGAGGGAGGACGAAGAGGCCAGUCUCCACCUGAAAGGGGCAAAGAAAAGCUAGAGUUCAGUGUUUGUAUCCUGAUGCUGGACUAGCUAAAAAGUUCCAUUUCCUGCUGUUCCUCAGGCUGGAGAGCCUAGGUACCAGCAGGUCCCUUUUUUAUGCUCCUCUCAUGGGCCUACGAUGGGUAUAAGCCAGGGAUCUAAUGGAAGAAGACCACUGUAUCCUUUCCUGGUCCCUAAGAGCAAAUCCUAUGGAGCAGCCAGCAUUCAGUGUCCACCCCCACCCCCCACCUUUUUGCUCUGGAAAGACUAGGCUGGGAACAUGCACCACUGAGCCUGAAAUGGGGACAUAGAGGGAUGGGCCCCUUUGUCACUCCUUUAUUCCUAUUCAGACUGUUGCACACACUGACCCCAAACUUACGUUGAGAAAUGAGAUCCUUAGGUUUUAAUUUCAACCUGCCCCCGCUACAGGGUCCCAAUGUGGAUAUUGCAGGCAACUACCCUCUCUCUACUCAGUCUACAACACCCCAAGCCAGAAAGAAGUGUUUUCCUUUGCACUGAUCCCCAUGCCAAUUCAGUCUUCGGAGGGGACUUGGUAACCCUUCUCACUGACACCCCGGCCCCCUUGGGCUUGUGGACGCCUCCUAGCCAAAUAACUAGAGUACAGUGAGUGACCCCAGCCUCUUGCCUGUCCCAACAUGCCCUUCCCACCCUGACCGUGCUAACUGUGUGUACAUAUAUAUUCUACAUAUAUGUAUAUUAAACCCGCACUGCCAUGUCUGCCCUUUUUUGUGGUGUCUAGCAUUAACUUAUUGUCUAGGCCAGAGUGGGGGUGGCAAGGGAGUGCCACAAUGACAGGAGUGGCAGAGGCAAAUUGCUACAUAUUCCAAACAGAAAAGCUUUUUAUAUUAAAAAAAAAAAAAAAAAAAAAGCAAACCAAAAAAAAAAAAAAUAGAUUCACAUGCAAACUGAGACUAUUUAGAGAAAGUUGGAAGUUAGCAGCUUUUAGGAUGUGGGAGCAAAACUUCAGUGGGAGCAGCGGGCUGGCUGUUGGAAGAGGGAAGAAGUCAGACUGGUCAGAGUGCACCCUCGACUCCUAGCUGAGCCCAGUCUGUGUGUCCCCUCUGGCUACUGUUGCAGACACCUGCCUUAACAUAUACAUCUCGAGUACUCCACGGUUUUGCCUUAAAGGACCUUCCCAACUCUCCCCAGCCCUGUCUGGCUUCUCCCUUAGGGAGAGAUACUUGUAGAACUGGAAUUAGGGAAAUGAGCAUGAACGGUCCUUUUAUUUGGAAUGUUAUGUGAGUGAGAGGGAGGGAGAAAAUGAGAAUAAAGAGCUUUCCUUAUGGAAUAAACAGGAAAAGAAAAGACGGGGUUAUUUCGGCAGAGUCCAGUAGUUUCUCUGUAAGGCAAAAUAAUCUAAAAAGACUAACUUGCCCUCCCACCCUUUGUCCUGCUGUAAGGCUGCCCCUAUCUUGUGCUCCUCCAUCUGCAGUGUGCACGGCCUUGUUCUAACCCUGGAAUAAAGGUGACUGAUUGUACUGUA